UGCUAAUUCACCUCAUUAUGCGCAAUUUCAACAAUAUUGCUAUACAGCAUUCACAACCUUGCGUAGAAAUGCCAACCUCAUUCUCAACUUGUUUUCUUUAAUGGUCGAUGCAAAUAUCACAGACAUUAAAAAUGAACCUGAAAAAGCAGUGAUGAAGGUACAAGAAAAAUUUAGGCUUGAUUUAACUGAAGAAGCGGCUAUUGCUUAUUUCCGUGGUUUAAUAUCAGAAAGUGUCAAUGCUUUAUUCCCACAAAUCAUGGAAACAGUGCAUAAAUGGGCUCAAUAUUGGCGAAGAUAAAAUAUCAUAUUCACAUGCAAUCACACUUUAGUCAGCAAGUAUUUUAAUUUCCCCGCAUUUGUGCUUACUCUAGUUUUUUUCACAUUAAAAAAAAAUACCUCUUCCUUUCUUUUUCUUUUUUUUUUCUUUAACUAUGGUCUUCAAGACAAAACUUACUGAAUUAACUGGUAUUCAACACCCUAUUGUUCAAGGUGGUAUGCAAUAUGUGGGUACGGCGGAAAUGGCUUCUGCUGUCUCCAAUGCAGGUGCUUUAGGUAUGAUCACUGCCUUAACUCAACCUACACCUGCAGACCUUCGUGCUGAAAUCAAACGUUGCCAAUAUGCUCAAGCUAUUAUUGACGAAGGUAUCAAGGUUGUUGAGACUGCUGGUAACAACCCUGGUAAAUACAUUAAGAUGUUCAAGGCAGCUGGUAUUGUCGUACUUCAUAAAUGUACUUCCAUUCGUCAUGCUUUAUCUGCUCAACGUUUAGGUGUUGAUAUUAUCUCCAUGGAUGGCUAUGAAUGUGCUGGCCAUCCCGGUGAAGACGAUAUCACCGGUUUGAUCUUGUUGGCUAAAUCUGCCAAGAAAUUGUCUAUUCCUUACAUUGCCUCUGGUGGGUUUGGUGAUGGUCAUGGUUUGGCUGCUGCUUUGGCCUUGGGUGCUGAAGGCAUCAAUAUGGGUACACGCUUUAUGUGUACUGUGGAAGCACCUAUCCAUCAAAAUGUAAAGGAAGCCAUGGUCAAGGCAGACGAACACUCUACUUCACUUGUAUUCCGUCCAUUCCGUAACACAUCUCGUAUCUUCAAGAACGACAUUGCUGUCGAAGUCAAGAAGAGAGAACUUAACCCUGAAGUCAAGUUUGAUGAUGUACGUGAAUUAGUGGCAGGCGCUCGUGGUAAACAAGUUUAUGUGACAGGUGAUAUUCACUAUGGUGUCUGGACAGCUGGUCAAGUUCUUGGUUUGAUCGAUGAUAUUCCUACUUGUCAAGAUCUUGUUGCUCGUAUUGUUCGUGAUGCUGAAAAUAUUAGUUUAUUAGUAUCGUUUUUCAAAAGUAAUAUCAAGUUUUUCUUUUGUAAUCACCAAACCCCAAGCAAUGCCUCUUUUUUUCAAGACAUUCUUAUGGGGUGAAUCAGUAGGAAGUGUCCAUUUAAACUUUCUUACUAUCAUUAAAAAAAAGGGAAGUGAAUAAUUGGCCAACUAUACAGAUAAACUUACACAUCAUGGAGAGAACAACGCGUUGUUCAGCUA